AUGGAGUCUUGGGAUUUUUGGGUAGGUUUCUCGAUUUGGGCCGCUUCCGUCCGGACCGGGCGUGUGAGUGCUCGUUUCGGUGCUUUGUGUGCCCAGGCCAAGCUCGGAAACGUCAGCGAAGCUCGGUCUCUUCCAGUGGCUGAGGUACCGCAGGUGAAGAAGCCCAACUUGAUCAAGUCAAAGCAGAGCGGUUCGGAUCCCAAGGCGCAGAUCGGCCAGGUGACUUUGUCGGAUUGCUUGGCCUGCAGCGGCUGCGUCACAAGCGCCGAGACCGUUCUGCUGCAAGAGCAGAGCGGCGACGAGUUUCUGAAGCGUGCAGAGACUUCGCCGCUCACCGUCGUCUCCAUUUCCGCAGAGGCCCGCACCUCCAUUGCUGCCCACAAUGGCGAGGGGCCCCUGCUGACCCUGCGCCGGAUAGGAGAGGGACUGCGACGGCUGGGUGCCGACCUGGUCCUGGAGGCCUCGGCAGCCGAAGCUGUGGCACUUCUUGAAGGCCAGGCGGAGUUCACACAGCGCUUCCGCAGUGCUGUGGGAGGUAGCACUGGGAGCCGCAACGGCUCCAACGGGUUCAGCCGUUCGGGUGGGAAGUCUACAGCCGGCAAGCUGCCGCUGCUGACAUCCCACUGCCCAGGUUGGACGCUGUAUGCCGAGAAGGUCGUGGAUCCGGUGGUCUUGCCGCACCUGACGCCAGUACGACCUCCGCAGCACGUGCAGGGGCGCCUGGUGAAGACCGCUCUCCUGGAAGCCGUGAACCGUCGGCGCUUCUACCGCUGGUGGCGGGCACGGAGCCCCUUCUUCGCUGCGGGCUACUGGAUCCAGUCGCUUCUGAAGGAAGAAGAGCCUCCGGUCCUGCUGAAGCCCUCCGAUGUUUAUCACGUUUUUGUGCAGCCUUGUUACGAUCGGAAGAUCGAAGCCGCACGACCAUCUUUUGAAGUGCCCGGUGUCUCGGGCGUCAAGGAGGUGGACACAGUGCUGACGGCCUCUGAACUGCUGUCACUGCUUCGGAACGCCGGCGAUGGAUGCUGCGGGUCCUGCGGCGUCCAUGCCUGCGAGAAGACGGAGCUGUCGAAGAUCCCGCCGUGCCCGUUGCAAAGCGAGGUUUUGACAGAUGUCUUCCUCGGAAGCUUAGAGGCUAGAGUGUCGCCGCUCAUUUGUGCGGUGCGCAACAAUGCUGGGUCGGGCGGCUUCCUGGAACAUGUCUUCCGCGAGGCUGCUCGUGAACUGUUUCACUUGGACUUGCCUUCGGCACCCCUCGCUCUGCAGACAAAGCAGAACGAGGACAUGCGGGAGGUGAUAUUGCGAGAUCCACAAAGCCAGGAAGUUUUAUUACGCUUCACCGCCGCCUAUGGCUUUCGGAACAUCCAGAAUGUCAUCCGUCGCAUCACGAAGGGGAGCAGCGGGGAUGGCAAAGAUAUCGGCCACUUUGUGGAGAUCAUGGCAUGUCCUGGAGGCUGCCUCAACGGGGGUGGCCAGAUCGCACCGGAGAAGAAGCCUGUCGAGGAGGAUCCCGACACGAAAGCUUCUAGCCAAGUUGUGCGAAGGCAACGCCUCCAGAAUCUUGAGCAGACUCUGGCUGAGGGUGAUGGCACAGCCUAUGUGCACCCAUCAGAGCAUCCUCUAGUUCUCCCGAUCUAUCGCUACAUCGUUUCCCAGGCCUCAGGGUUUCCGGUCUCGACAGCUGAGCCAACAAGCUCAAGCCGGGUUCCUCGAGGGUCAGAGCUUCGGUGUUUUUUUCGGUUUAGAGCGGUCCGCCUGAAUCCCCGACCUGCUCACAAGUGCUUCGCUUAA